CUGCUGCCUGUGCCCCCUUGCUGCCUGCGCUCCCCUGCCGUUGCACCCGAGCCUACAGCCGACUCCGCCCCUCUUCUCCUACACCCCUCUACUUCCCCCUACUUGCUACAAAACUAAUCCUGCAGCCGACUCCGCCCUUCCAAUCCUACACCCCCCUCUCUGCGCCGCCCCUCUUUUGCAACCGAAUCCUACACCGCCCCUCUUUGCGCCCCCCCUUUUCUGCAAAGACAGAUCCUGCACCCCACAUUGCAGCCAACUGAGCAUGAUGGUAGACCAGCGUCCUUUAGGAUUUCCUUUGAUUUUUGUAUAAAUAGGAAAGGAUUGGUGAGUUGAGGGGGUUCGGUUUUUCUCCUUCUGGGUUUCCUCUUCUUCUUGUCACUAAAAAAGGAGAGAAGCAGAAGACAGAAGCCCGAAAGAGGGAGGGUGUUUCUUUUGUUUUUCUUGGUUUUGGGUUUUCUUUUUUUCCCAUUUGCCUGAGUUUGGUGUUGAUGGCAGAGAAAGAAAACAGGAGUACUCCGAUUGGAGCAGGAAUUUCCCCUUUCCUAGGUAAUUUUCUGGAAUUGAGGGACUUCAAGAGGGAUGGUGAAGGUGAUGAGCAGAGCCUGAUCCCGUGGGUGGGGUUCCUCUAUUCAGAUCUGGAUCCAUUUUUUCUCUUGAAAUCUCUGUUUUAGAUUUGUUAUUUCUCUAUGAUGUAUUGUUCUAGUGAUUGAUGUUGAAAAUCCAUGUAUAAUUGUUGAGAAAUGUUGAUGAAUUUGCUAUUAUGCUAUGAAUAUUUGUGGAAUCUAGAUUUGAAUGUAUAUUCUGGAGGAACUUUGUUUGUAAUAUGAUGAACUCUGGUUUUCUGGUUUUGUCUGCAUGUUUUAAUCCUUUUUUUUUUUGCCUACUUUCUCACUCGGAUUAUGUUUGUGGGUCGGGUCCAAUAGAUUAAUUAUAUGAAA